AAACAGCAACCAAGCAGCGAUACAAACGCUUCGAGUGGAAAGUAUGAGAAGGAUGGCUCUGCGGUCGGAACGCAGCUGAUCGGCUUUGCGCUCAGAACAAGUCAGAACACUGCCGCGUGACAAUCUCGCAAUCAAAUUAGUGGCUCAGUUUGCCUUGACGACUUCUUGACCAAGUUCGACUUGAAGUAGAAACCGAAUGCAUCCAUUGGGUACAAGAACUUGCGAACUUCACAGAGGGACUUGGUCAUAAUUAAGAGGAUGCUUAGCAAUUUUAGUUCAUUAGUGGGUGACAUCUGUGAAGUAUAUGCCUUACCAUGUACGUUCACUGCAGCGGCUGAUUCAAGGCUACCCAUAAGGGUACAAGACAGAACAUCUAGAUCGAAGUUCCAGAUGCUGCGGCUUGUGAUGCCCUCGGUGUUUCUUCUAGUUGGCGGUGCAGGCCUCUUGAAAAGAGUUGCGCCACGUAGGCUGGUACCUUCUUCCCUGCAGCUUGUAUCAGCUAUUACCACUAUCGAGGGCUGGGUGGCUGAAUAUAUCGGUUCAGCCUAUCAAUUGGCCGUCAUUUCAGUGGUCUUCUGAUCAGGCAACUCACAAGACACGUACGAUCUUUCAGUACUCUCGUGAGUCCACCAUAUCCAAGCUCAUCCGCGACUUGUUUUCUUUAGGGCCACUCGGUAAUACUGGUGUUCAGGAAUCGCCGGUCAUGUUUCUUGAUACAACACUUGCAGCAUUGUGUGCGUAUCUGGUUCUUCACUAUCAUGAACCCAGCGGCAUUACCGACGGUCUACUUGUGAUACUUCCCGCACUCGUUGGAGCGAUAUUAUUCGCAGGCCCUCUCACACUAUGGUCGUGUGUUACGACCACUGCAAGUUACUUUUUCGUACUGGUGCUUUCUGUUGUACUCUAUCGUCUCUCUCCAUUCCACCCUCUUGCACAUUUUCCCGGUCCAGUUCUCAACAAGGCCACUAAGCUUGCUGGUGUAUGGACAACGUGGACCGGCCACCAGCACCUAACGAACCAGGAAUUGCAUGUGAAAUACGGCCCCUUUGUGCGAGUCGGACCCAAUGACCUGUCUAUUGUCGAUGUUGACGCCGUCAUUUCUGUACUUGGUCCGACCGGAAUGCCCAAAGGAAGGUACUACAAUGCUCGUCGGGAUCCAAAUGCUCCAAGCAACCUCAUAAUUCUUCAAGGAGAACCGCAUGCACAUCGACGAAGACUCUGGAAUAGAGGUCUCACUCCUGAAUCCUUGCACGAAUAUGAAGCAGUCAUCGCGAAACGGGCGUCUCAAGUCAUAGCUCAUUUCCAAGAGACAAGUUCGGGAGACAUUGACUUGGUAAAAUGGAUCAAUUAUUUCACCUUCGAUGUCAUGGGAGAUAUGGCCUUUGGGCGUGGGUUCAAUAUGAUCUUAGAUGGCGAUAAGGAUGGCUUAUGGGAGACGAUAGAGCAGUGGGCACUUUCUGCAGCUCUCAUUUCGCACAUGCCUUGGGCAAUCAGAUGGUUCGAGAGGAUUCCUUUGGUAUCUAAGAAUCUCAUCAAACUUCGAAAGUUUGGACUUGAAUGUGCAAUGCAACGGAUGAAAGCAGGCGCCACCACAAAAGACCUCUGGUAUCACCUUUCUGAUGAGGCAGGCAUCGAACGAGAGAAACCGUCAGUCAAGGAGGUAGCCUCUGACGGAGCGCUUGCUGUCAUAGCAGGUGCCGAUACCACAGCAUCCGCUGUAGCGAGUUUAUUCUGGUUCUUACUCCAGAAUCCGAAUAUCUACAAGCAGCUCCAAGAGGAGAUCGAUACCGUCUAUGCUGACCACUCUGACCCCCUCUCUACGGCCAAGCAUUCGAAGUUGGUCUACCUUAACGCUUGCAUAAAUGAGGCUCUUCGUCUUCACCCGCCUGUUCCAACUAACGGACCUCGCCAAGUUCCUGAGGGUGCCAAGGCCAGGGUAGUCGCUGGACGGGUGAUUCCCGAAGGAACUCAAAUCUACGUCCCGCCCUAUUCCUUACACCGUGAUCCUCGUUACUUCUCACCAUCUCCGAAUGCCUUUAUUCCGGAACGUUGGCUAGACUCGGACAAGACGAUGGAGUCGGCGGCUUUCAUUCCAUUCUCUUUUGGCCCGGCAAACUGCGUUGGUCGUCAGAUGGCGAAGCAGGAGAUGUUGAUGUUCGCAAGUGUUCUGCUUCAAAACUUCACAUUCUCAUUUGUGGAUGGCUUCGAUGCUGAGGCUUGGCCGGCACAGCUGCAUGAUUACUUCGUUACUACCAGAGGUCCUCUUAUGGUGCGCGCGAAACCACGAAGUGUAUAGAUAUGUGCGAGGGAAAUGCACUUCGUAGUAUGCAUGUUAAGAUACAUCUGAUAUAAUGACUCUACGCCAUCUUUAUCGUAUCGUCAUGUAGGUAGUCGUCUCACCUAGUUUUAUGCGACAAUGGGUGCUCAGUAUGCAGCCCGAGCGAUCAUAGCUUUUCACACAACCUUCUUUCGUGUUGACUAUGAUAAUUGUAUAUCGAUAUCACAAACGGAACAUGCAGUACUUCUCAAUUAUCCUUAGCGCUCUCCCGGGAUGCUGCAUCACUUCUGACGUUUUCUCAAUAGCACCUUCCAUCAGGGGGGAGAGGGAAGAUCGACAGAGCGUACCACCGAUCAGGC